AUAAAUGUUCAUUGUGGAACAAUUUUCUUUUUAGGAAGUAGCUGUCAGUAACGAUUUUAUCUUAUUGAUGCUGCGUCAUUAAAAAAAGUCUAUUUACGUUUUAUAAUGCCAUUCUGAAUUGCUUACGUAACUGAUUGCAUAACUUACGAUGAUGCGUUAUUUUUUUUCCUUAUCCGAUUUGAAGAAUAGAGAUGUGCUAGUCGGCCCGUCACGCUAUUGACUUGGACUAGCUCAGUCAGGAACUUCCAACAGGUUUUCCUCUAUUUGUAAAAUUAUUUUAAACCUUGAUGAUUAUUCGUUACAUUAGUAAUAUUUUUAAAACAACCGAUCUCAAUAUCUAUAAAUCAAGAAUGGAGACACAGAGGAGAGGAAAGUUUUGGCGUGUAUUUCUAACUGCCUCUAGCUUUUCUGGCCUGUCUUAUCUUUUCAUGUUGAAUAACUCUUUCCUUAGAUGCAUAACUGACUGGUUUCGAUGGUGUCCAACUUCUCCUGAGCGGUUGGAAGAAGCAGAGCGAAAAAUCUUUUCAUAUCUCAAAACACCUCAUACAUUGGAAUUUGUGCAUAUAGCUGUUGAUGAUCAUGGAAAAGAAUACAAAAUUAGGUCUUUAAGAAUUAAUAACUGUACAAAUGAAAAAAGUACUCCACUUGUUCUUCUUCAUGGGUUUGCUUCUGGAAUUGGUCUGUGGAUCUUAAAUUUAUUCAGUCUAUCUCAAGAUCGUCCUUUGUAUGCUCUAGAUAUCUUAGGUUUUGGCCAGAGUUCAAGACCUUUAUUUAGUGGUGAUGCUGAAGUUGCAGAGAUUCAGAUGGUUGAAAGUAUUGAGCAAUGGAGAAAACAGAUUGGAUUGAAUCAUUUCAUAUUAUUAGGUCACAGUUUAGGUGGUUUUUUAGCUGCAUCAUAUGCCAUUAAAUACCCUGAAAAAGUUAAACAUUUAAUUUUAGCUGAUCCUUGGGGUUUUCCUGAGCCUGACUUAAGUGUGAAGAAAAUCGAAAUACCUAUGUGGGUGAAGUUGAUUGCAUUCAUGCUUCGCCCUUUUAAUCCUUUAGCUGGAUUAAGAGCUGCUGGACCAUGGGGACCACAGUUGAUUCCAAAGUUGCGUCCCGAUAUAAUACGAAAAUUUGAUCCUCUGGAUCCAGAUGUUGUAUCAAAUUAUAUAUAUCACUGUAAUGCUCAAUCUCCAAGUGGAGAAUCUGCAUUUAAAGCAAUGACUGCACACUUUGGAUGGGCCAAACGUCCAAUGCUUAAAAGAAUAUCUCAGUUGAAACAAGAUAUCCCUAUUACUUUCAUAUACGGAUCUCGCUCGUGGAUUGAUAGUAACUCUGGUCUUCAAACGAGUGAACUUCGUAAAAACUCAUAUGUGGAAAUCAAAAUGAUUCAAGGUGCUGGACAUCAUGUGUAUGCUGAUAGACCUGAGGUAUUCAAUAAGUUGGUUUGUGAUAUAUGCAGAAAUCAUGACUCUAGUGUAUGGAAACAGUUGUCUUCCAUUGUUGUAAAUCAACAGAAUCUUAAUGAAACUAAUAAUGAGAAUUCAGAUGAAGAAGCGGGCCGAUCAUCAGAACAACAAUACAAUUAGCUUUUAUAUAUUUUGCCUAAAAUUUCCCUUUUUGUAAUCUGUGCUCUGUGAUCAGACAUUUUGAGAGCUUCUUCAGAAUUUAUGUUUUUAGUUUUCCCAAUGCAUUUGUCUGUUUGUUAUAAGAUUUUGAAACAUUUGUAAUCAUGUAACAAGCAUAUGUAACUUAUAGAAUACUUGCAUUGCAUAAUAUACUAAUUGGUUUCAUUGUGUGUAUAUAUAUUUAUUAUAUAUAUAUGUAUUGUAAUUCUCCUGCAGUGUUAAAGUUCCUUUUGUUUGUAGUAUGCUUUUUACUUGUUAAGUUUGAUUGUCUGUAGAACAAAAAUGUAUGAAACUAAGUAUCUUAGUAAUGUUGUAAAAUGUCUGUGCAUUGUGGAUGAAAUUUUUAUGUACAUUGUUAAUUCUCAGUUGUAUAUAGCUGUUUUAAAAUUGUCUUUUUAUCCAUUUUAACUCCAGUUAUUUAUUAGCUAUUUAAUUAUUAAAGACAAUGCUGUUUUCCUUAAGUUUGUAUUUUAUCCAUCAAAGUUUGUUAAUCCAUUUAUUUUUCAUAUGGGUUAUUUAAUCUAAAUUAUGUUUCACUGAGUCAGACAAUUCUAAAAUGCAGUAUAAAAAUUCAUGACAACUGUUUAAAAGGUAACAUCUUGUAGUUUUAGUUACUGAAUAAAACUGGAAUUAAAAAGUCCUUUCUUGUACAA